AUGUCUUCCCGUAUCUACCUCGUCCGCCACGGCGCAACGGAAUGGUCCAAAAAUGGCAAACACACGAGCACAUCAGACAUUCCUCUAACAGCAGCGGGCGAAAAGGAAGUUUUGGAAACCAGGGACGCAUUCGUUGGGCCAGGCAAGUUGAUUGAUCCAGACAAGAUUGCCCGGAUCUACUGUUCACCUCGUGGUCGUGCUCGUCGUACGGCAGAACUCCUCAACCUAGGAAUCCAUGAGCACCAGCAUUUCCAGCUCCGAGAGGGCGCGGAUGGCAUUACAACCACGGAGAAGGACGACCCGAGCGCGAAAACUAUUCAUGUAACCCCAUUAAUCCAGGAAUGGGAUUACGGUGACUAUGAAGGCCUGACAAUCGAAGAAGUCCACAAGCUCCGGAAGCAGAAAGGCCAACAUAAUGGUCGAAACUGGAGUAUUUGGAAAGACAGCUGUCCUGGAGGGGAGACACCACAGCAAGUCUCAGAUCGUCUGGACGAGCUCAUUAAAGAGAUCAAAUCCGUUAUUGCCGGCAAAUCUGCGGAGUAUCCGGGGGACACUAGAAUAGCGCAUCAUGCCACGGCUCCAAAGGAUAUUGUCUGCGUGGCCCAUGGACAUAUCCUGGCUGCUUUUGCUAUUCGAUGGGUGGAUCAGCCACUGAAGAAUGGAACGAGAUUGCUGAAUGAGCCUUGUGGAGUGGCUGUUUUAGGGUUUGUCAUAUUUGCCCCUCAUCCCCAUCCCACCCCGAGACGAACCUAA